AUGGAGAAUAUUUCUGAUAACGAUCUUCUACAAAACGUUUAUUCAUUUUGGAACGAACAAGUCCAGAGGUAUCCGUACUUGGCCAACCCGCAGCAGCCAUAUGAAGAUAAUUAUUACUGUGGUAAUAAUUUUGAACAGCAACCUCAUUCUAGCAAGGUUAAUGAUACGUGGACCCAGCCUCAAGAAGCCUUACACCAAUCCUUCCAGGACAAUUCCUACGUACACGGAGAAGGCUAUUCUCAGGUGUACGUACCAGUCCUAGAAGAUACUACUAAUCAGCAUGCCAACUUACCAGUGGAGCUUGACAUCGAUCAAAUUAUACAGGAUAACGCUCAAUAUCCUGCUUCUGCUAGCGAAAUUGAAGAGAUAUUGAAUAUUGGUUUGUGUGAACCAAACCAUAUUGUACCGAAUGAACAGGAGAAAGUACAAUCUCAAAUACUAAUUACUACUCCGUACUCAACGUUUACAGUACCUGUAGAGAAGCCGACUGUGUUCGACUGCGAGGUCUGUUCGAAGACCUUCUCCAAGGGAUCCUACUUAACUCAACACCGGAAGGCCUGCCACUCGGGCGAUAAGCCCUUCAAAUGCAAAAAAUGUGGCAAACGAUUUUCGUCAAAGGAAGAAUGUGAUGUGCACUACCAAAAACACAUGGGAUCGAAGCAAUUCCAGUGCAAGUUCUGCGAGAAACAAUUUAACUAUAAAAUCGACAUACGGCGUCAUGAAAGCCUACACACAGGGCAAAAACCGUAUGCUUGCAGCGUUUGCGCGAAAGGAUUCGACAGGCGGGAUCACAUGAGAAGGCACGAACUGAUUCAUGCUAGGAAAGGACAGAAAAUUUAUUCAUUUUGGAACGAACAAGUCCAGAGGUAUCCGUACUUGGCCAACCCGCAGCAGCCAUAUGAAGAUAAUUAUUACUGUGGUAAUAAUUUUGAACAGCAACCUCAUUCUAGCAAGGUUAAUGAUACGUGGACCCAGCCUCAAGAAGCCUUACACCAAUCCUUCCAGGACAAUUCCUACGUACACGGAGAAGGCUAUUCUCAGGUGUACGUACCAGUCCUAGAAGAUACUACUAAUCAGCAUGCCAACUUACCAGUGGAGCUUGACAUCGAUCAAAUUAUACAGGAUAACGCUCAAUAUCCUGCUUCUGCUAGCGAAAUUGAAGAGAUUUUAAAUAUUGGUUCGUGUGAACCAAACCAUAUUGUACCGAAUGAACAGGAGAAAGUACAAUCUCAAAUACUAAUUACUACUCCGUACUCAACGUUUACAGUACCUGUAGAGAAGCCGACUGUGUUCGACUGCGAGGUCUGUUCGAAGACCUUCUCCAAGGGAUCCUACUUAACUCAACACCGGAAGGCCUGCCACUCGGGCGAUAAGCCCUUUAAGUGCAAAAAGUGUGGCAAACGAUUUUCGUCAAAGGAAGAAUGUGAUGUGCACUACCAAAAACACAUGGGGUCGAAGCAAUUCCAGUGCAACUACUGCGAGAAACAAUUCAACUAUAAAAUCGACAUACGGCGUGAUGAAAGCCUACACACAGGGCAAAAACCGUAUGCUUGCAGCGUUUGCGCGAAAGGAUUCGACAGGCGGGAUCACAUGAGAAGGCACGAACUGAUUCAUGCUAGGAAAGGACAGAAAAGUAAGGAACAGGUGGAAGUACCAUUGCAAAUACUAAUUACUACUCCGUACUCAACGUUUACAGUACCUCUUGAGAAAGAGAAGAAGACUGUGUUCGACUGCGAGGUCUGUUCGAAGACCUUCUCCAAGGGAUCCUACUUGAUUCAACACCGGAAGGCCUGCCACUCGGGCGAUAGGCCCUUCAAAUGCAAAAAAUGUGGCAAACGUUUUUCGACAAAGGAAGAAUGUGAUGUGCACUACCAAAAACACAUGGGGUCGAAGCAAUUCCAGUGCAACUACUGCGAGAAACAAUUCAACUAUAAAAUCGACAUACCUAAUGACAUGGCUAAUAAAUGA